GUCAAUGAACUGAACGGACUGGUAGCUGCAUGAGCGGUGUAGAAGGGUUUCAUCCAAGCAGCAUGGCUCACAAGAUGUUAAUAAUUGACACAGACUGUGGCAUAGAUGACGCCCUGGCUAUCAUGGUUGCUCUCGCAGCUCCUAAUGUGAAGGUGCUGGGCAUUACCUGUUGCUUUGGGAACACUGAUGUGGAUAAUGUGUGUCAGAAUGUGUUGCGCGUUCUGUCGGUCUGUGAACAAACCCAGAUUCCGGUCUUCAAAGGUUCUGCAGGCUCUCUAGUUGGAGCUGUGAAGCCAUAUAAAGAUCACUUUGGCACAGAUGGGUUGGGAGAUGUUCUGGAGGACAGAAACUCUGAUAUUUGGGAGAGGCAGAUACCGAAAGAGCAUGCCGUUCAUGCCAUGCUAAGACUGGUGAAAGAAAACCAGGGAGAGGUCUCUCUCAUAGCUCUUGGUCCACUUACUAACUUGGCUCUGGCUGUUAGAUUAGAUCCCACCUUUCCUCAGAAACUCAAGGAUCUGUAUAUUAUGGGCGGUAAUAUGGAAGGCAUGGGAAAUAUGACCCCAUGUGCAGAGUUUAAUUUUAGGAUGGAUGCUGAAUCAGCUUACAUAGUUUUGGAGGAAUAUACCUGCACAACACACAUCGCAACCUGGGAGUUUACUUGCAGAAACAAACUAUCUUGGGAGGUUUUUGAUAAGCUGGUCAAUCAGGAUACAUCAGCUGCUCGAUUCAUGAAGAAGAUAACAUCCAAGUGCUGGGCCUUCUCUAGAGAGUUCGGCAUCAGCAACAGAGAUGUGUUGUUUGGGCAAGGGUUUGUACCCUAUGAUGCUUUUGCUGUAGCAGCUUGUGUAGACAGAAGUGUGAUUACAGAGAGUUUGGAGUGUGCUGUACGGGUGGAGAUGCAAGGGGAAUUGGGAAGAGGCAUGAUGGUUUUGGACCCAGCCAACAUAAUGAAGAAGGGCCAUUAUGUGUUUGUGAUGAAGACCUGUGACCUUACAAAGUUCAGCUCCAUGCUCACAGCUUCUCUACAAUUAGAAUGAGAC